AUGCAGGCCAACACGCGCGCCAGGGUUGGCGCGUCUAGGCGCGCUAGCGUCGCCGUCAGGGCCGAUUACGACGCCGGCGAGCGCCGUGGCCGCGACACCACCUUCGGCAUGCGCCAGCAGAUGCUCGAGAAGAAGGACAAGGGCGCGGACACCUCGUCGUUCUGGGGCAAGGUAAAGGCUGCGUUCGCGAUCUUCUUCCCUCCGAGCGAGGAGGAGACCGCGCGCCUCGAGGCGAAGAAGCGUCUGAGGAUGAUCCUGGUGGCGGACAGGUGCGCGAUGAGCGGUGCCGCGAUGUCGUUGAUGAAAACGCGGAUCGUCGAGGUGGUGUCGGACUUCGUGGACGUCGACGAGGAGCUCGGCGUGGAGGUGAGCAUGAGCCAGGACCCCGAAGUCACCGGCACCAUGUACGCGGUUUCCAUCCCGGUGCGAGGGGUGAAGCCUCAGUUCGACGUGGAAAACGAGACCUACGGAUGGGACGAGGAGCCCAUGUACGACGACGACGUGUGGGAGAAGUCGGAAUCGGACAAGUGA